AUGAUUAGUUUACGAAAGCCAACGAUAUUCUUAUUUUUCGCGUGCACUGUGUUGGUCUUCUUUGGCAUCUUAAGUUCACGAAAUGAGAAAUUGACGACAGAAAUAAGAGAGGAAGCCAAUCAUUUACUCCAACAGUGGGAGACACUCGAAUCGUUACCGGGUCACUUAAACAAUCAAAACGACACAGAGGGAAUACAGUUAGAACCAUGCACAGUCAUAAACCCUUUGACGAAUCAAUUUUUCGAUUUACGCUCACUUGGAGCUCUUGGAAACGAAGGUUUAUUUCAAGCCUGGAAUGCUCGUGGAUAUGACUAUGGUAAGAACUUUUCGCUUGGCAUAUGUUCAACCCCUCUUAAACAGCCCCAAAAUCUUCCGCAGUCAGACUUUGUGGGGAUAGGAAAUAGGAGUGAAGUUGGUGGUUAUUACACCGAUGACUCAGGUAACAAAAGGUCAAUUGGACAGGUUUCUACCUCUCCAAAAUUCAGGGGAAGAAAACUUGUCCUUGAAUAUACUGAUGGAAGUUUUUGCGAAGGGUUGGAGGAUGAAAAGUCUUUACGGAAAUCAACAAUAUUGUCGUUUGCUUGCGAUAGGGAAAUCAUGUCCAGAGCAUCUGUGUCUUACGUGGGCUCAAUAAAUGAUUGUUCAUACUUUUUUGAAGUGAGGACUAUUCAUGCUUGUGCCACGGCUGCGAAGAAAGAUGAUAUGGCUAUAAUUUGGAUAUUCUUGUUCAUUUGUCUUUGUGCAUUAGCUGUUUUCUUUGGAGGUGGUGCAGUUUACUCGUUGUUUAGAAAUCAUCAAAGCCGCCUCGCAUCCACCCAAAGAAGGCGCCAUUCAUUUUCUAAUGGUGUCAAAAGUUUUGUGCAGACAGGGUUUGAAUAUAACCAAUACAACGACAAUGUACCUGAAAGUGGUGCUUAUUUUGACGCUGAUAAUAGAGAUUCCAACGAGCUUUUAGAAUUGUUGGAUUCUCAAGCUGACAAGAACAUUAAUGAUUGA